AUGGCCGAGUAUGAAGCUUGCAUCCUCGGUUUGAAAAUGGCCAUCGAUAUGAAUGUUCAUGAGCUGUUGGUCAUUGGAGAUUCAGAUCUGCUGAUUCACCAAGUUCAAGGAGAAUGGGCCGUGAAGAACCCAAAGAUCACACCGUACGUGCAAUAUAUACAGAAAUUGUGCAAAAGAUUUCGCAAGAUUGAAUUCAAGCACACUCCCAGGACACAAAAUGAGUUAGCCGAUGCUCUUGCCACCAUCGCCUCAAUGAUUAAACAUCCAGAUACAAGUUUUAUCGAUCCCUUGGAUAUAGAGGUAAAAGAGCAUCCCGUUUAUUGUUCACAUGUCGAAGCAGAACCAGAUGGCUUGCCUUGGUAUUCUGAAAUCAAGAAGUAUUUAGAGACCGGGACUUAUCCUGAUAAUGCAACGUUUAACCAGAAGAAGUCGAUACGCCGUAUGACCCUCAAUUUCUUUGCAAUAUAUGGAACAGAGGCAGUUAUACCAGCAGAAAUUGAAAUACCUUCAUUGAGAAUCAUCCAAGAAGCUGAAUUGAAUGAUUCUGAAUGGGUUCGCAAGCGGAUUGACCAGUUAACCUUGAUCGAUGAGAAGAGAAUGGUUGCC